AGGAGACUAUAAGACCGUGUGUUUACUGCAGCUCAGCGGUUACGCCAAUGUAUCCUGUCACGUUGACAUGAUCCUAUAGUUCUACAUGACUUCUGUCUUUAACCGGACAAUAUGAGGAUUUAUUCGGUCUGCAUGUUGUGUUCACUAAUUAUAUCAUCAACAGCAAGUGACACAGGCGUUCAACCCAUUGUGGCCUUAGUUGGUGAUGACGUCAUCCUGCCCUGCACCCUGAGACACACCGUCAGCGCUGUGCAUCAGUCAGUAGAGUGGCAGAGACCGGACCUAAACCCAAAAGAGGUCCAUCUUUACAGAGAUGAGAAGGACGAUCUGGUGCUCCAGAAUCCAGUCUUCAGGGGAAGGACGUCACUGUUCAAAGAGGAACUAGAGAACGGCAACACUAGUUUAAAGUUGACCAGAGUGAAACUCUCUGAUGCUGGAAACUACACCUGUUACAUUCCACUGCUGGACCACCAGAAAACCAUCAUUCAACUCCUUGUUGGUGAGUCAACACACCUGCUGACCACCCAAACCCCCUUAAGAGACAGAUCUCAUGAAAUCAAGGGUGCUGUGUCCAGACCAGUUAUCAUCAUUGAGAGAAUGGAAGGCGAUGAGGUGGUCCUGCGCUGUGAGGCUGAAGGCUGCUACCCAGAGCCUGUCAUGGAGUGGUUUGACGCUCAGGGACGUGUCCUCCCUGCUGCUGGACCUACAGAGACGUCCAGAGACCGUGAAGGCUGCUACACUGUGACAAGCCAUGUCAUCGUCCCGAACUCUGACAACAACACCUUCACUUGUCGCGUUCAACAGUUGGAGAUCAAACACAUGAAGGAGAGACAGGUUCAUGUUCCAGAUCAAAUGUUUCCUAGGACUUGUCAUUCCUGCUGGCUGACAGUUCUUGUAGCAGUUCUUGGAGCAGUUCUUGUUGAAGCUGUAGCUGUAGCUGGAGGUCUCCUCUACCUGUUGAUAAAAAAAGGGAUAUUGACCUUCAGAAAGGAAGCGUGGACGUCAGAAAUGAACAAGGAAACGACGAAGAAUGAGGAAGAUGAGGCCAAUGAAUCCCAGUCUGUCAUUGGUUUAGAUGUGAAAUUAUCUAUAUUAAUAGUAUUAUGUGUCAUUUAACAGAAAUGUUUGGAUGGUCCCAGGAAUCAAACCCACUAUCCUGGAGUUACAAGGACCUUAACUAUGACUACAUAGGAAUAUGCAUGGCUAUAUUUACAUUUUAGUAAUUUAGCAGACGCUCUUAUCCAGAGCAACUUACAGGAACAAUUAGGGUUAAGUGCCUUGCUCAAGGGUACAUUGGCAGACUUUUCAUCUUGUUGGUUCAGGGAUUUGAACUAAUGACGAUCAUUGGUUAAUAAUCAAAUAUUAAAAUGUCAUUCAAAGAACAGCAUACAAACAAAUGGAUAGCAUACGAUCAUAGAUUAAUUUGACUAUACAAGUUUACACACAAUUACAAUGGCAAAGUCACAAUAAUCACAAGAAUGGCGUCUGAUCAAAGUCUACGUUGAGACCGAAGGACUCUGAUAGAGGUGCUGGUUUAGAUACAGUGCCUUCGGAAGGUAUUCACACCCCUUCCCCUUUUCCACAUUCUGUUACUUUACAGACGUUCUAAAAUGGAUUAAAUAAAAUCGUCAUCAAUCUAGACACAAUACCCCAUAAUGACAUCACAAUACCCCAUAAUGACAUCACAAUACCCCAUAAUGACAUCACAAUACCCCAUAAUGACAAAACAGGUUUUUAGAAUCUUUAGCAAAUUUAUUAAAAAUAAAACCUGAAAUAACUUAUUUACAGCGCCAGGUAAAGGGUACCAAAGAAUGCAAAAAACGAUUUAAUCCAUUUUAGAAUAAGGUUGUAAAUGUCAAAAAAUGUGGGAAAAGUCAAGGGGUCUAAAUAUUUUCUGAAUGCAGCUGGGGGAUUCGAUCCAGCAACCUUUCGUUUACUGGCCCAAUGCUUUUCUCUAGGCUACCUGCCGCCCCAUGGCUCUAGGUAGUAAGGUGCUCGCAAUGGGCUUAUAUGAUAAACUUAGCACAAUGCACUAAGAUUUGAGGAACUGGUGCCUCUAGGGCAUUUUAUUGUUUUUUAAAUUGUAACCUUUAUUUAACUAGUCAAGCCCGCUAAGAACAAAUUCUUAUGGGACUCCUAAGCACGGCCGGAUGUGAUACAGCCUGGAUUCGAACCAGGUACUGCAUUGACACCUCUUGUUCUGAGAUGCAGUGCCUUAGAAAACUGAGCCACUCUGAUGCCUGUCUGUUUUAUAUGAUCGUAUUGUAGUGUAUAAUUAUAUUUAUUUGAAGGUGUCAUAUGUGUUUAUUGUAGUGUGGUGCUGUACAGGGCUCACUUGGAAAAAGAGACCUUUGUCUCAGCAUGACUCAAAAUAAAGGUGAAAUUAAAAUGUGAUUGAAAGGUU